AUGGCCGAUGACGAGUUGGUACAGAGCUUUAAACUGGACAUAACCUUUGUCGGUGGUCGACGGCGGCAAACCGAGUCCAGGGAAGCUAGGGACGGCAGUGGUCAAGCUGAGGAGAAUAUCUCCUUGUGGGCUCGCCAGGAGUAUCUAGUAAAGGAUUUUCACGUCUUCCUUGAUAAGAACGUCAAGACUCAGGAGCUUCGAGUGGUGAAAAAGAUCAUGCAGGGGGACUGGUCCGACUGGAUGUCGGAAGUCAAGAUAAUGGGCAUGGUGACCAAGGCCACCAAAAAACAAGGCAAGGAAUUAUUCGUUGAAUUUCUGGGCUGGUAUCCCGGGAAAGAUUACAUCGGUUUAGUGAUGGAGUACUGCCGAUACGGAGAUGUUUCCAGAUGCUUCCCAGGUCCACUCUCUGAAGAAAAGGCAUGGACUCUCUGUAGCCAGCUUCUAGAAGGACUUCAAAUAUUGCAUGGAAUGGGCAUCACGCACAGGGAUAUCAAGCCACAGAAUAUCCUCGUUGUACAGAAGGACCCCCUGAGAGUAAAGAUAGCCGACUUUGGCAUCAGCAAGAGAAUAUCUACGAAGCAGACCAAUCUCAAGACAAGAGUAGGGACUGAUGGCUACAGGGCGCCGGAAAUCCUAAGCUUGUUCGACUCCAGCAAACGGGAUUCGCUAUACACCAGCGCGGUGGACAUCUGGUCCCUGGGAUGCGUACUCUACUAUGCUCUUACCAAGGACGAACCGUUCCCGUCGCCCCAGUCCCUGGAGAAUUACCUGAGAGGUUCCGCCUUUCCUGAAGACACGCUGAUUGAAAGGGGUGUGGGCGCUUCCGGACGACAGUUUAUUAUCAGCCUCAUGGCACCUUUGCCGGAGAACCGCCGCAAGGCCACUUUGGAUGCCCUGUCAGAUUGGACAAUUAACAAUGCUGAAGAGCCAAUUGAUGGUGCCGAUGAACCUCCACAAAAUGCGGAAGGUGAGGCUCUUGGGCUACUUGGAGGAUUUUCAAUAGAUUCACCCGCUAGCACGGUGCCCCGUUGGGCCAGUUCGCAUUACACGCCACCAAUACAACCGCAAGAGGAUAUGGAACUCUAUUCCUUGGAAUUGUGGCACAUUCUCAAAUCCGCUCACGGCCCAAUCGACAGACUCCGCCCUCUCCUCGACGCUGGCGCCAAAACUGACAAGCCUCUGAAUGGAUACACAGCCCUGCACCUCGCCGCAAAACAAGGCUCCCCGGACAGGUUGCAGAUCCUCCUCAGUUACGGCAGUGACCUGACUGUGCGCACACAGCCGCAUCGCGAGACCGCCCUACACCUCAUCACGUACGAGGGCGACUUUGAGCUGUUUGAGGCAAAGUAUAGGUUGCUCCGUGGGCGAGAAGGGGAGCUAGACAUCAACGCCAGGGACGUGGACGGGAAUACAGCGCUGCACUUGGCAGUUGCCAGAUUUGGAACGGCAACAGCUGUCAAGUUGCUCUUAGAAGCCGGAGACUUGACGGAACUCAAGGAUAAGGACGGGUUAACGCCCCUUCUUUACGCCUUGAGCCUUAACCAGUGGGAGAAAGCGAGUAUUCUUUUAGAGUUCAGGGCAAAUCCAAAUGCGCAUGAUCAAUUGGGGUGGACAGCUUUGCACCAUGCUGUUGCCUCUCGGCGGUGCGAGUUGCAGCUUCUGGAGCGACUGAUACAAUUAGGGGCAGCCCUGGAUACUAAAAACAAUGACAACCUGUCGCCUCUAGCACUGGCAGCGAAGUUGAACAAAAAGGACGUCAUGUAUUUGCUCAUCGACCACGGUGCGAACUGUGAGCUUGGGUUUCCGGCGCUGGAGAAACAGAUCAAAUGGGCGCUGGCCCUGCGUGGGAUUCCCUGGCCUAUCGGGGAAGGAAGAGAGUGGCUAGAGUGUUAA